UGUGUUUUCACUGACCUAGUUAGAGCAAUGGAAACCCUCCCUCCCUCCGCCGCCUCGCCACUGACGUGUAAAGGGCACUUUCAAACAGUAGCAGACAAACAAGGGGAAGAGAUCAGUGAGGACGACGGGAGAUCGGACCAAGACAAGAGUGAGAUUGACUGAGACCAGCAGACAAACGCGUCCACGCUCCUGCGCUCUGUCCCGGUUCGAUCUGGGGAAAUAUCUGUGCAAACAGGAACGGCCCGAAGGGAUUUGAAGCGAAUUAAUGAAAACAACAAACACCGAAGCCCUUCAUAUCCUGUGCAAUAUUAGAUUUCUGCCCUUAUUUUCGUAGAAUUACGUCUCCCAAGCUUAAAGCAGCUUUUAAUAAAAUCACAACACGUCGGGAAAAGGCAAUAAAGGCGCAGAGAACGAGCGGCGCUUGCUAAUAAACAGGAUCCCGUCUAAUAUUACUGGUGUCUCUCAGGUUUCCUGUCGCGGUCGCUGCCGUGCGUUUGACUUGACUUUAAAGCAGCGCAUCAGCACAACAUGUCACAGUCUCAAGCCGUGCUCAUUAAACCCGCGGCGGUUCCUUUCGUCCUCUGACUCACAAAGUCGUCGAGAUUGGGCCGAAAAGGCCACCGAACUCCCCCCCGAAAACCAAACCGUGCGGCCCACAAAUAGAGCAACACCAACCAACAAAAUCAAAGGGAACUUCAUACAUUCGAGCCUUUGUGCUCCGUCAUCUGGUUUAGUGACACGCACUCAACUGUUCCACUUAGCGCGUCCAAGCCUUUUUCCAAAGCAGGUUUUCAGAUUUCCACCUCCAGCCCCUCCUGGCCUCCUUUUAUUCCAGGAGCACCUCCGUCUUCCACUCUUUCUUUUCCCAGAGCUCUUCCACGAAGCCCAAUCAAAAUUUUCACUCUGGGCUUUUGAAGCUAAAGUCAAAGCGAGUGUCGGUUUGUGCCGCUCUUGGAGUUUUGCCGUGAUACUGUUAUAACACGUCUGCUUUAAACGAUCGCUUCCAGAUAAACAGAAAGGCCAGUAUCCAGUGUCUCCUAAUCACUGUACACAGUGUUGCCCGGAGCCACACAUUUUUAUUUAUAACAAACAGAACCACUCUCUCGCUUUGAUUAUCCUCCCAAAUGAAAGGCCUCAGUCCUACAGCAAAUACUGCAGACAAGACAAACUCAUCUGUGUCAUUUUGUCAGGUCAAAAACUGGCCAAGGUUCAUGAUUGCAGUGAAUGUUCAGCACCGGUAAAAUGUGCAUUAAACAUUUUGUGUGCUUUAUUCCGCAAGCAAUUUCCUCUGCUGCCGCUGAUUUAAUCGUUUUCCAUUACAGCAGCUCAAUCGCUGCAUAUGACACAGACCAAACAUCGUAACGGACCCGCUUUGAAUUUGGCUUCGUGCUCGGCCGACGUCCUGUGUUUUGUGAGACGCUCGCCCUCUGCCAUAAACAAGCGAAUCAGUGCCCGGGAGAUAAACGAGCACAUGGCUGAGGCUGGUUACUGUCAGCAAAAACAAGGCGAAACAUGGCAACAAGCUGAAAACAUGGGCGCACACAAAGACAUGUGAGCUACAGGAGAACCAGGACCCAGUUUUAAUUGAAUGCACGUUAAGCGAGCUUGGUGUUGUGCUGGUGCAGGUCAGUCAGAGCUGCUGGAUGGAGCCUCAGGCCUGCAGACGGCUUCACUGUCCCUCAGUCGGAUUCAAGCGUCUCUGUCGCUUUAAAUUAUAGAGAACUAUUUUAAUAUUUGUUCCUGAUUAGGCGCCUGUGGCUAUUUUACUGUGGCAGGAAUCUACUUUCUGUUGAUGCACAGCAUUGUGUGAGGUUUGACACAUUGACCAAGUGUCGUUGGGUUCUUCUCAGCCAACGGAGCUGAUAUCCGGCCUGUUCCCUUCGCUGCAGCUAUUAGCAGUGGCUCACGCCUCACCAAAAGUUUUCCCUUUCCGCUGGUGGAAUAGAUGGCGGUGAAAGCACAUUUCUGUUUAAUAAAAUGAAUUCAAACAGGCAUCUUCAGCCUAUGUUUCCUUUAGCUGUGGGGUGAUUAACUUGUAACCUGCGUCUCUGUCAGCUCAACUACGUGUCGUUGAGUUGUGUCAGGCUACACCACAGAAACCCAGAUACGCACAGAAGAGAGAGGAAAUGCAGCAGAAGUUCCACCAUUUGGCAGCAACCUUCGGUGGAGUCAGUGCUCGUCACUCACAGGACCGACAUGGGCGCCAACAGCACCAACGCUACGUGUGUGGUGGACAACCUCCAGUGCCUAAGCUACAGCCCCCUCUUCGUCCUGGGCUUCCUCGUCAACGCCGCCGCGGCGCGGGCCUUUGCCUCCAAGCGACUCUCCUGGACGGAGACGCACAUCUACAUGCUCAACCUGGUCGUGGCCGACACCGCCCUCGUCCUCUUCCUCCCCUUCAGGAUCUACGACGCCCUCUACUGCCUCCCCACGACGACCCUGUGCACUCUCCUCAUCUUCAUCCACUUCAUCAACAUGUACGCCAGCAUCAUGACCACGAUGGCCAUCAGCGUCCACCGCUACCUGACGGUGAGGUUCCCGCUGCAGGCCAGGUCCUGGAGGAGGAAGAAGGAGACGGCCGUCGUGGUGUGUUUGCUCAUCUGGGUGUUUCUGGUGACGGUCUGUGCCGCCUUCAGAACCGAGAACUACCCGGAGCAGCUGUGGACGUGCUAUGUGCGGCGUAAGGAUCACCCUCUGCGCCUGGAGUUCCUUCUGAUUCUGCUGCUCGUGGGCUUCCUUGUGCCGCUCAUGAUCAUCGUGUUUUGCGCCACUCAGAUAAUCUACAUUUUAUCAAAGGAGGAGGACCGAUUAGAGGAAAAGAAAAAGACUGUGGGCGUAGUGAUGGCAAACAUGAUUGUGUUCAUUGUGUGCUACACACCCAUCCAUGUUGGCUUCCUCAUCAACUUUUUGUACCACGCACCUGAACACUGGCAGACUCGGCACAUACCUGCACACAUGUAUUUCCAGGUGUCCGAAUGGGUCGCUUCAACAAACUGUUUUUUUGAUUCCAUCAGCUAUUAUUUCCUAUUGAAACAGUUUUAUUCCUAACUAA